UGAGAUUUUUGCGUACAUCCCUGAAGGUAAUUACUCUUCAGUCCAGUUUACUGGAAAAGUUUUUGAUCUAAUUGCUCUGUUGUAAGAUUUUAACUUGAUAUGCUCUGAACAAGACCAAGUUAAUUUUCUCAUCUGUUGCUUGAACUGUGUACAAGGUAUAUAGCCUUUGUAAUUGUUCCACUUAUACAAGACUGCCCUGUUAAGUUGGAUAUACUGAAGUAUUAUAAUCUGUAACCUUUUAUUAUUUUGCUACAAAUAUAAAUCAUUGUGUAACCAGUACUUUGAUCGUUUGUAUAAAUAAACUUUUAUUUUAUUAAGACGAAGGUGUUAUAGUUUUUACUUCAGUGUACAUGAAACAGUUCUAUAAGCAAUAGUCAGAGCAUUAGAACAAUUCUUGCAAGAUCAAGAAGUCACCAGGACUCCACAGGAUCUUCUCCUAGGAGGAUCAAACCACAAUUAUAGAAGAUAAGAUGGACAACAACACAACCACAAAAGACAAAACAGAGAGACAUAGGGCCGAUACAGCCAAAGACCUUAGAACAGAAGGAAAAGAUGUGGGAAAAGAAGUGGAGAAAAUUUUUCAAAGACUUAAUCUUGAAGUCAAGAGAAACAAACUGAGAGCUUCAGAUGUUCUUCAGAUAACUGCAAAUUCAUUACAGUCCCAUGGGUCUUGUACUGAGGAGGAACUGGUCAAUAUGUUUUUACAAAAAUUACUGAUGAUGAACUACAAAGCUAGAAGUAUUAGUGUUACAAAGCAUCACAAACAAAAACAACAAAAAGCCCAACAACCAUCUGCAAGCAAUGUUGAUGCGUUUAGUGCACUUUUUGGAAAAACAUCAACGUCUUAUACAAGACAGAGCAACACAGAUCCUAUUCACCCAAUGGACGUUCAGAUGGCCGUGUUUCAUUGUGCUGAUGGUUUCCUGAAGCAGAUGAUGGUCACUAAACUGUCCCAGUGCCGGUACGCACUGCCUCUGCUUGUUCCUGAUAUAUUCAGAGAUCAGAUUGAGUUUCCGCUCUGGACAUUUAGAGAAAUUAACCAGAGCUGGAAAAUAAUAAACAAAAACAACAAAGACAUCAUCAGUCAAAUCCAGCUGAUCUACAAGGCAGAAACUCCAAUGGUGUUCUUCUUCAGGUUUGGCUCAGUGUCCUCAUCCAAGUCUGAGUUGAUGAACAAGCUGAUCAAUGAGAAACAUGACACAUUCUUCCACAGGAACUGCCCAGGCAGCAGCAGAACCAGAGUCCUGAUGGAUGGAGUGGUGGAGAUCGCCUGGUUCUGCCCCUCUGGGACAUAUGAUGAUAAAUUCACUGAACGCGUUGCAUUCUGUAAUCUACACGGUGAUGCUGGACACCAUGAUGAACAGAUGCACAUAAUGACUAAAAUGGCCUCAGUCAAAGUUGCUGUUUUACCACAACUAGACAGAAAUGACAAAAGUGCAGAGAAAAUCCAAAAACUGUACGAGGACCGAAAGCCACUGAUCUGCCUUCUUCCUGACGAUGAUUCACCAUACACCGAGGUGGGGAUUGGAAAAUAUAAAAUUGGUUUGAAAGGCAGAGGUCAAGCAGAUAUAUCUAAAGAUCUCAGAGAAGCUAUUACAGACAGCCUCUCAUUCCCAUCUUCAGAAUCACCCUCCACUUUCAGACUUGAAAAUGUGGCCAAACACACAGACAUCAGAGUAGAUCAGGAAUAUGUUGAUGACUGCAGAAUAGGAAGAGAAAGAGCUCAAGAAAUGGUGAAACUACUGGAGAAAAAAGAUCUGACAAAAAUUAAAGAAUUAUUUCUGCCCUGUCAGGGCAAACUGUGGCAUCAGUGGUGUCAGAAGAAUAAAGAACUACAUCGACCACAAGGAGAUGACCCAGAAAUGGAAAUUAGUAAAAAAAAAACUGAGAUGGUGAAAGUCCGUGAACUGCAGCAUAAAUCUGACAUAAGUAAGUUUAUACAUUUAUUCGUGGAACAAAUGAACUCAGGUGCUGCAAAUGAGUCAAAGUUUUUUCUUAAAUGGCUCAGAAUACUCCUGGAUGAAUAUACCUCAGUGGACCUUUCUCGUCUGCGUCAUGAGUAUGAUGAAAAGUGGUCAAACAUAAAACUGAAAGACAAUCUUGAUAAAAUUGAAACACUCAAUCUUGAACUUGUGGAACUAUCUAAGAAACUUCAAGCUGCAGCCUUUGGAUUGGAGCACAUCCUCAGAGAAAUUGGACAGAUUUAUGAAUCAUGUUCAUCUAUGAAGAAGAACAAGAAAGACCUGAAGAUCGACUACCGUUCUCUCCCGGGUCUUGCAGCAGAGAUGAUGAUCUCUGGAUUUCCACUGGAGCUGAUGGAUGGAGAUGCUGGUCAUGUUCCUCAGGACUGGGUCCCUGCUGUUCUAGGAGAACUCAUCUGGAAACUGGGAGACCAGAGAGUCUUUGUUCUGUCCAUUUUAGGGAUUCAGAGCUCUGGGAAAUCCACCAUGCUGAAUGCCAUGUUUGGGCUCCAGUUUGCCGUCAGUUCUGGCCGGUGCACCAGAGGAGCUUUCAUGCAGCUGGUCAAAGUUUCAGACGAGAUGAAGAAACAGAUGAACUUUGACUAUAUUCUGGUUGUUGAUACUGAGGGACUUCGUUCUCAAGAACUGGCAGGAACAUCAACAAGACAUCAUGACAAUGAAUUGGCCACGUUUGUUAUUGGCCUUGGAAAUUUGACAUUGAUCAACAUCUAUGGAGAAAACCCCACAGAGAUGCAGGACAUUCUUCAGAUUGUUGUUCAGGCCUUCAUGAGGAUGAAGGAGGUCAGAUUAAGCCCCAGCUGUGUGUUUGUGCAUCAGAACGUUUCAGACGUCACAGCUGAAAAAAAUACCAUGGAAGCAAGGAGAAAUCUGCAGAAGACACUGGAUAAGAUGACCAAACUCGCUGCAGAAGAUGAAGUCUGUAAUGCAGAAUGUUUCAGUGAUGUCAUUCAAUUUGAUGUACAGAAGGAUGUGAAGUAUUUUGCUCAGCUCUGGGAGGGCAGCCCACCAAUGGCACCACCCAACCCUUCAUAUUGUGAAAAUGUUCAAGACCUUAAGAAAACUAUUAUUUCUUGUGUUUCAAAAUCAAAAGGCAUGAUGCUGACUCACAUCAAAGAUCAUAUUCAAAAUCUCUGGAAUGCUUUACUUAACGAACGCUUUGUGUUCAGCUUCAAAAAUGCUCUGGAGAUUACCACAUAUAGAAAACUGGAGACAGAAUACAGUAAGUGGACCUGGAGUCUUCGGAAGGCCAUGCUGGAAAUUGAAAACAGAUUACAGAACAAAAUACAAAAUGGAGCAAUCAAUGCGGUUGAGGAAAGAGAUCUUCAAGAGAAACUAAAUGUAAAAAGUACAGAAGUGAAGAAAUGUAUGUCAGAAUUCUUUGAGAAAGACAGCAAAGACAAUAUACUGAUUCAGUGGAAACACUCUUUCGAAAUAAAAAUCUCCCACAUACAGGAAAACAUUGUUAGGGAAACAAAGUCGAAGUUGAAUGAGGUGCUACAGCAGCGAGACCUAAAGAAAAAGAUUGACGCUCAGAGGACACAAAAUGAAAACGCUCUCCUUGAGAAGGCCAAAGAUCUUGCCUUAACUCUCAAACACCAAGCAAAUAAUGAGACGAUCCUGCAAAGAGAAUUUGAUUCAUUUUGGGAAAAAUGUGUAGAUGAGAUUAAGAAAGACACACCUCAAGGGACCGACCUUGACAUUUUAAAAGAUACAAUUGAGGUCCUCGGUGAUGCCAAUGAAAGUUUCACAGACCCCUCUAUGAAAAACAAAGGGUGCAAUAUUUUCAUGAUGUCAGACUAUUCAGAGUAUGUACAGACUCAAAAACAGAAAAGAUCUCUUACAAAUCCAUUGGGACAUAUAUAUUCUCUAUCUAAAGAUGAUCACACUCAAAUCAAAACCUUAAUUUCAGAUACUGCAGAGGAAGCAACAAAAAAUAUCAAGUCAAAAAACAUUGCAAAGAUGGGCUACAAUAAAAGUUACAUUCAAGAACUCAGUGGUUUGAUCAAAGCAAAAUUAACAGAUUAUGAGGAAAGACAAAAAGAGAAAUACGUGUUCAAGAAACACUUCUUCAGUGAUUUGGUCCUUGCCAUAUUGCACACAGUAAAAACGAUAAUCAUGGGAGAGGACAACAUUUUCAAGCGAGCCAAUGAUCCUGUUCAGUAUUUUGCAAGAAAAAGAAGAGAAUAUUACAGUAUUUUCCAGAAAUACUGCCAGGGGGCAACAUCAGCUACGAUCAUAGGCGAGAUCAUCUGUAACAAACUUAAAGAACCCAUUGAGCAGAGUGUCUACAAAAAAACUGCCCGUGAUGUGGCAGAUGAAAUUAAAGCAAACUGUGAAUCACUGAGUGGAAACAGAUCUAAUCUGGAGAAACGCAUCCUAAAGACACUGGCAGAAAAGAAGGAUUUUGGGGCAUACCAAACCUACAUUCAUAAUCCCAAAAGUCACUUCCAGAGUUUCAUCAGAGAGGAAGUCAAGCAGUACAUCACUGAUCAUUUCAACACCAGUGUUCGGCCAAAGAUGAGCGAUGAUUUAAAACAGAAGGAGAAGCGGAUCAUAGAAGCAGUGAAUAGAGCGACCGAAGAGGCUAAUAAACACCAUGGAGAUGCUGAUCUCUGGUUGAAGACUUUCACUGAGAAGUUAUCAGAUGUGCUGGAAUUCUCUGAGAAUGACCUCAAAGGAGUUAGUCGUGAUGAUGUUGAUGUAAAUCACCUAAAAGAGGUAAUGAUAAAAGAAAUUCCUUCUAUAAUAUCUGACAUUGGCAAGAAAUUCAGUACAGAAUCUUUUCCAUCGAAGCUGGAUUAUAAGGACAGGCCCGAUGAGAUACUAAUUGAACACCUCUGUAAGUGCUGCUGGGUUCAGUGUCCGUUCUGUAAAGCCAUUUGCACCAAUACAGCAGAAGACCAUGAUCCACAACCUCACAGUGUCCCUUUCCAUCGAAUUAAUGGACUGAAUGGGUGGCAUUAUAGAGGUACAGAAGAUCUUUGUGCAGGUUUUUGCACAACUCUAGUGUCAAGUAAUUUGUCUUUUUACCCAUCUUAUGAUUCUAAAAAAUCCAUUAAAUAUAAAGAUUACAAAACUGCAGGAGGGGAUUAUGCUAAAUGGAGCAUCACCUCUGACUUCACUCAGCUGUCAUAUUGGAAGUGGGUUGUCUGCAGAUUUCAGAAAGAUCUGGAAAAUUACCACAAACUAAAAUUUCAGGGUCAUGGUGAGAUUCCAAGUGAAUGGAGAAGACACACAAAACUGGAUGCUAUUGAGAGUUUGGACAAAUACAUCUGAACAAGCAGUCAUUUUUAUUCUUUGAUUUAAGUUCAAAUUCCCAAAUUUAAGUUCUUUUUGAAUAAUAUUUUCAUUCAAGUCAGAACACCUUUAAAGGAAAUGCUAGACUGUUAGAAAAAGUUAUAAAGCUUAAUAAUUAAAUGCAUAAAGCUAACCAUUAAAUGCAACUAAACUCUUCUGUAUAAUAUGGAGUUCUGAAUUUAAUAAAAUAAAGUUUUUGCAUGCUUAUUUGAAACUUUAAAAGGAUUAUUUCCUAAUAUCAUUGUUAGCAAUAAUUAGUUCCUAAAUGUAUACAAAAUACUUAUGCUUUUUCCAUGAAUGUGUUAAAAACUACAGCAAACAGGUGAUUUGAAAUUCCUGCAACAUGCAGUGCAGGUUUUGAUUUCUGAGUCUGAUUAUGAAUCAUUUUGUGACUUAGAUAAUUAUGCUAAGACUAGGGCCUAAAUAUUAUUGCAUGUGUCCUAUUUCACCUAUGAUAUAAAAGAAAACUGUCCAGCAAAUGUAUUAAAAUGAUGUAUAUUCUGAAUAAAGGACAGAUUUAAAUUCUU